UUUUCCUCCGCCUAUGGGCAAGACGAGGCGGAGGGAGGCGUUCGGACGGUGCUAGCCGCGGCGGGGAGCCUGCCUGCCUGCCUGCCUGAUACACGCGUGUCCUCGCGGCGUCUCGUCUGUGCAGUCAACAUGCGGUCGCCUCUGCAGCCCGGCUGCUGCUGCGGCCUGUGCGCCAAGUGCCGCGAGUGGCACCGACAAAUCGCGCCCCUCAACGCGCCCGACCGACCCAUCGCCAGCCUUUCCGACAAAUCCUAUUUCAGAGUAAUGAUAUGUCUGACGACGCUAGGCCUCACCCUAGUGAUGUUUUCGUUUGUCACGUACCUUGCAGACCCCCUCAACGCAGUUGUCAACUAUGUUUUGACCAUGUCAGAGGGCUCAUUCAUCUUCAAUUUGUGGCUGAAGCCACCUGUGCCGGUGUUCUUGAAGGUUUACAUCUUCAACGUGACCAACGCCGACGAAUUUCUCAAAGGAGGAGUCAAGCUGAGGCUCGAGCAGGUCGGCCCCUACGUCUACAGGGAGGUUCUCGAGCACGAUGAUGUAAAAUUCAACCUGAACGGCACGAUGAGCUACGUUCCGAAGCGUUCGCCCCUGAUGACUGAGAAACUGGUGCUGGACACCUCACAGGGUCGCGGCCUUGAAGACCGACUCAUCGUUCCAAACAUUCCACUGCUGGCCGUCGCCUCCAAAUUGGCCGACCAGUCUUUUUUCAUCCAAAUCGGCUUCUCCACUUUGGUCAACUACAUCGACUCGAAGCCCUUCGAGCAAGUGUCGGUGAAAGAGUACCUCUGGGGCUACGAGGAUCCCAUCGUUCGGCUUGCCAGUGUUGCCUACGCGGACGUCGUCACCUUCAAACAGCUCGGACUUCUCGACAGGAUGUUCGACGCCGGUCUGGACAACGUGACGAUGAACACGACGACGCUGAACAUCGACACGUACAACGGGCAGAGCAUGCUGCACUCGCUGAAUCGGAGCGGCGGCAUGUGCGACGAGCCGUUGCGCGGCGUCUCCGAGGGGGUGCUCGUCGAACGCAACGUGCAGCGCAACAAAACGCUCUACGUGUACCGCAAGGGCUUCUGCCGCACCCUGGGCCUCGAGUUCGAGAGGGACGAGCCCGCCGACGAGGUCAACGGCAACCCUGGCGGCCUGCGCUUCGUCAUUCCGGCGCACGCGUUCAACGCCACCCUCAACCCCGAGCACGCCUGCCACUGCGGAAAGAAGAAGCCCGCCGACAAGGGAAAGUGCCCCCUCAAGGACGGGCUCUCCGACAUCCAAGACUGUUAUUAUGGAAUUCCCGCCGCAGCUUCAUUCCCGCAUUUCCUGCACGCCGAUCCGUCCUUGUUUGACAAAAUCGAAGGGCUCAGCCCGGACAAAGAAAAGCACGAGGCCUACGUCGUUAUCCAACAAAAACUAGGCAUUCCAAUCGGCGGACACAUGCGAAUCCAAACGAAUCUUGUGCUGAAGAAAAACCGUUUUGUCAAGCGGAUCGCUCCUUUUGGUGACAUGAUCCUUCCCAUUGUGUGGACUGACCUGACUUUUGAGGAAAUUCCGUCGUCGCUGCAGUGGAUGCUGGACCUGUGCCUGAAGGUGGCGCCGCCGCUGCAGAACGGAUUCAUCUUCUGCGGCGCCGCGCUGGGCUUCUCGAUGCUGCUGGCGGCACUGAUCAGCUACCUGUGCGUGCCAAUCGCGUCCAAGCCGGACCGGCCGAGUCCGGUGGAGAGCAGGAGGAGCUCCAAAGUGGUGCAAGUGCUCACGGCCGAAGAGCUGAUGCGCUCGAGAACAGAGUUUUCCGUCGCCGUCUGACCCGCAGCACCGCUCUACUUCUUACUUUCCAGCUGUGAUCUUCCGGAAUAUAUUCGUGUAUUUUGGAUACUUAGCCUUUUAGCACUUGACGCCUAUUUAUGUAAGCACUAGUUGACAUACAUUUUGUACAUUUGAGCCAGACUGUUAUUUAUCAUAUUAUACGCGCAUACACUUUCCUAUUGCAUUCUUUUAUCGUGUAACUUAAGUAAAUGGUUGUGCAAUUUCAAUUAUAA